CCACUCUUUCACUAAUAAAACCCAUAAUCUUUUCCAAAUUUUUCUUGCCAUUUUUGCAGAGUUCUAGAGAGAGAAAGCAAGAGUUUCAAAGAGAGAUGGAGGGUAAAGAGGAGGAUGUAAGGCUAGGAGCCAACAAAUUCACAGAGAGGCAGCCAUUGGGUACCUCAGCACAGAGCAAGGACUACAAGGAGCCACCUCCAGCUCCACUUUUUGAGCCUGGUGAACUCCAAUCAUGGUCCUUUUGGAGGGCUGGGAUUGCUGAGUUUAUGGCCACUUUCUUGUUCCUUUAUAUCACGAUCUUGACUGUAAUGGGUGUGAGCAGGUCUAACAGUAAGUGUACUUCUGUGGGUAUUCAGGGCAUUGCUUGGGCCUUUGGUGGCAUGAUUUUUGCCCUUGUCUACUGCACUGCCGGCAUCUCAGGUGGACACAUAAAUCCUGCAGUAACAUUUGGUCUAUUCGUAGCAAGGAAAUUGUCUCUGACCAGGGCAAUUUUCUACAUUGUGAUGCAAUGCCUUGGCGCAAUCUGCGGCGCGGGUGUCGUAAAGGGCUUCGGGCCUUCUUUUUACAAGGCUAACGGUGGUGGUGCUAAUGUUGUUGCCCAUGGUUACACUAAGGGUGAUGGACUUGGUGCUGAGAUUAUUGGCACCUUUGUUCUUGUUUACACUGUCUUCUCUGCUACUGAUGCCAAGAGAAAUGCCAGAGACUCGCAUGUCCCUAUUUUAGCUCCACUCCCAAUUGGGUUUGCCGUCUUUUUGGUUCACUUGGCAACAAUCCCCAUCACUGGAACCGGUAUCAACCCAGCCCGAAGCCUUGGUGCUGCCAUCAUUUACAACAAAGAUCACGCUUGGGACGACCAUUGGAUCUUUUGGGUCGGACCUUUCAUCGGAGCUGCACUCGCUGCCCUUUACCACCAGGUUAUCAUUAGAGCUAUCCCAUUCAAGAGUGGCAACUGAAGAGGAUUCCUGUUUGGCUUAGUUUCAAAAUUGCAAAUUUAUUGCCAUCGUCUAGAAUUGUGUUUAUUGUAGUCAGUAAUUUUAUAUGUGGAUUUGAAGAAUUUAAGGAGACAGUUUGUUGGUUUUAUGUAACAAAUACUGGAUGAAUUGGUUUGUGGCAAUGUGAUCUCUUUGUUGCUUAACUUGAAAUAUAUGUAACAUAACAUUCUUAAAUGAUUCUCUUUCCGUA